AUGAGUUCAAAAGAUCAUAACGGAAAUUCAGGAGGUACUUUUGGGUCAGCUCUCGUUAAUGAUGCUGAUAAUUUACAGCAACAUAACAUAAACGAUGCUCAUUCAGAUGCUAGUUUUUACAAAGCUGUUACUGAACAUUUGAAAUAUUCAUUUAAUAGUCCCUUACCAACGACUACCCAAUUUCCAACUCCAUAUUCUUCAAACCAAUUAAACAAUAAUAAUCACGGUGGUAAUAGUGUUAAUAAUAAUGGCAACGGUAUGUCUUUGAAUUCAGGUUUCAAUGCCAAUAACGGUCGUUCCAGGAAAUCAGGUGGUUCUCUAAAAUCUGAUAGUGAUUCUUCUAUAAUUGAAAAUAGUAUUUUAGCAGGUAUGCAUUCGAGGUUGCCAAAUAAUGGAUCAGUUUUGGGCGCCACUGGUGGUGUUGCAGCUGAUACCAAUGCUGGAGAGUCGCUAAAUGAUAUGAAUUUACAACCAUCUUCGGCAUUGCAUUUUAAUAAUAAUUUUCCAAAUGAGUUUUUACUAGCAUCUCCAGAACAAUUUAAAGAAUUCUUAUUCGAAUCUCCUGCUGGAUUUAAUUUAUUUAACAAGACUCCUGCUAAGACUCCAUUGAGAUUCUUUACAGAUUCUAAUGCAUUAAGUUCCGGAACCAAUGGCCAGGGCAACCUAUUUAAUACCAAUUUGGGUAACUCAAGUGCAGGCAAAAAUUCUCAAACUCCCUUGAGAAACAUAGAUUUGAACCUAAUGUUUAAUUCUCGCCAAAUGUCAAUUUCAUCAUCUCCUUCCAAAGGGUUUUCUCUAUCCGUCACGCCUUAUGGAAAGAAAAUUUUAAAUGAAUUUGGUACCCCAUAUGCAAAGAAUUUAAUUUCAUCUAAUAGUGCGUUAGCUGAUUUCCAAAGGGCAAGAAAGGAUACUGUUAGAUUGCAGAAGACUCCAGAAACAGUAUCUAAAUAUAGUAUCGAUAAAUUUAUGGAGACCCCGAAUGAUAAAUUCUCUAAAUCUAAGCAUCCAAUGUUGACCAAGACAUCAUUACAAGAAUCAUCAGGUGACAGGACAAAUGACGACAUAUAUGGAUCAUCUCCCACAACUAUCCAAUUGAAUUCUUCUGUCACCAAGUCUUCAACAAAAUUAGAUCCUAAUAAGAUUCCACUACUAAAUCAUGGUUUGGAAAAUCGUAAUAUAGAUGAACAAUUGUUUGAUUUGGAUAUGGCUAGAAUUCCAAUUUCACCCACACCAAAGAAUCAUAAAAAUAAUAAUAUGAAUACAUUGAGGAUUCCAGAACUGCCGAAGAUGGGUUCCUUUAUUAGUGAAAGAUCUAGUUCAUCUUUAACAUCUAAUUUAACUGCGAAGACCGCAAAUAAAGCUUGUAAAGUGAAGAAGAACACUAAGAAGCAGCCUAAAUUUCAAAUUAUUGUUUCUAAUGCCCAAAAAUUUAACUCAGCAAAAGCUACUGUACCUAACAACGGUACUAAACGUAAUAAGAAAAAUACUGGUAAGUUUAAACGUACCAGAUCAUUAGUGAUAGGAAAGUCUACGGACAGUUUGGAUACCAAGAAUCGUGAUAAAACAACACAACAGAAUAAAACUGGACUACCAAGAUCCACAUCAUUUUCAAUAGAAUUAACGGACAAGCAUCAAUUUACAAAUUCUCAAUGA